GGUGGUGAUGAGGGCGGGCGUGUUUGGGCGGCGGGGAAACGGCUGUGUUGUGACUGGGAGGCGCCUGCUGGGUUGCGCAAUGCGUGUCUGUACCGGCCACUACUGCCCCUACUUUUCCACCACUGCCACCACCACCUGCUGUCCCUGCUCCACCACCACUACCACACGGGACUGUGUGCUCCACUCCCAAGCGGUGCCAGUAGUGUGUUUGUGUGCCAAGGUGGUGGUGUCACCCGCUGGAACGCAGACUGGAGCGAAGUGAAAAUAGCCAUGGCAAUUCAUAUCUUCGAAAUGGUUUGUGAAUCGCCGCCUUAAGAAUGAUGAACAAUAGUGAAAUUGUCAUCAUGCAUUGACUGAAAAAAAAAUAUUGCCCAUAACAUGAAACGUAAGCCAAAAUUUUGUCCAAGAAACCAUACAUUACUACAGACAAUGGGCCCGUGACUUAGGUGGUAGCUUAGCUGAACCUCGGCAGCUUGUGAUGCAGCUGAAGCUAAAGUUGCAGCUUCUUGCAGCUUAUCGCUAACUUCACCUGCACCUUGCGUGGAUUGAGAGUCUGUGGUGUGGGCAUUUACUUGUCUGGAAGCCGCCUCAAGCCUGCGCUGCUGUGUGGUGACCAAGAUACAGGGAGAGAAGGUUUAUAUGGAUGUGUACCUGUGCAGUGUUACCAUAUCAUUAAUUUCUAAGUCAUUACGUUUAGUUGGUUUUGCGUGGGCCUCUUUAAUUCCUCAAGCGAAUACCUAGAAAGCAAAGGAAACUGCUUUGCCAAAUACAGUGCUUAAGGAGGUCAUUUGCUAGUCUUCCACUUGAUUCCUGGUGAUCUGAAAAAAAAGCAUAUAUAAAUUAAUCAAUAAGUAAAUAAAGAAAAAAAAACUGAAAAUAUCUGUGUUUUGCGUACCGAGUCUGUACCAAGCGGAGCAUUGACGCAACACGCCUACGCUGAAGCGGCAGCACCUCCUCCUCCACCUCUGCUUCGCCCUACCAAGCCAGUUGACCCGACAUCGCUACUCAAGAUGAUGCAGAACAGAAUCCGAAAUGCCGGACAUGGCAGCAACAAUGAGGAUGUUGUUAAGAGUGGAUACCUCAAGAAACUCAAGCCCGGAGCCGCUCCUGUCCCAACCUCAGCCACGUUGCCCCACGUCGGGCGCGCGACAAAAUGGCCAGUCAAGCCAAGUUAUCGGAUAACCGUGACUAUGAAAAAGAAGUUUUUUGUCCUCCGUCGGGACAGUGGACCCAAUCACCCAGCUCGCCUUGAGUAUUACGACAAUGAGAAGAAGUUCAUAUCAGGCACUCUACCAAAAAAACCAAUCAUUCUUAGUACAUGUCUCAGUAUCAACCGUAAGGAGGAUCCAAAGCACAGCCAUGUCAUCGCUCUGUACACAAACCAUGACUCUCUGAGUGUGGCUGCAGAGUCUGAGUCAGAAAUGAAUGAGUGGUUGGAUUUUCUCAAACACCAUGUGCGUCAAACUGUGAGUGGCACUGAAGGCCAGUCUAGAAAAAUGUAUGAGCAUGUAUGGCUAGUUGCUGUGCAGCAACGAAGCCUUGGGAGCAGCAAGGGUCUAACAGGAAAACAUCACUUCUGUCUCACUUACAAGUCUAUUGCACUUGUGCGAGUGGGAGACUGUCAGAAGAAGAUUGAAUUUCCGCUGAAUAGCAUCCGGCGAUGUGGCCACACGGGAUCAUUCUUCUUCUUGGGCCUUGGGCGGUCAGCUGUCACCGGAGCGGGGGACAUAUGGAUGCUCACUGAAGAUGCUGUUAUAGCAGAGAACAUGCAUAGCAUCAUAAAGAAGGCAAUGGAAGAUCCUUGUAACAACAUUAAUGAAGACCCAGUUUCCAGGGAACGUACUAAGUCAAUGUCAAAUAAUCGUUCCUUUGAUGGUGGUGGUGGUGGAUCCUGCACACGGGAACGCUGUGGUAGCAUGCCAUCUCGCAGCCGCACCAGCAGCGAGGGUUCAGUCCAGAAUGCUCCUAACAAGCUUCAGACACACAUCUGUACCCACCAGCCGGAUGGCUCCCUGUGUGCACACAUCACGCGGCCUCAGUCAAUGUACUCUCCCUCCCUGUCAUCAUCAUAUUCCCCGCCCUUUUCCUCUUUCUUGUUCAGUCCGGGUUCAAGUGAGUCCGUGGAGUCUAAUCCUUCUGUGGAUGACCUGGAUGGUCUGCCAACUGGACUCGCCUUUGACACUAACAGAGAGGGCCUUUGUAGUGUUGAGGAGGACAGCUAUAUGCCCAUGAAGGGAGGGAGUGUGGAAAGUGGUUCUGGUUUUCAUCCUCAUUCCCACCCACAUCCACCCUUCACCCUCCCCAUCAUGAGUUCCCGCAUUAUUGGGCCUUCACUAAGCAAAGGUCUUGUGUCACCUGUGAGUGUGUGUGGUAGUGAAGGUCCAAAUUUAAAUUCACCCCAAGAUAACUAUCUGGAAAUGACCAGUCCCUCUGAGCGAAAGCACCUCGGACUACAUGGGCUGUCAUCAGAUCAUAAUUAUAUGUGUAUGGACAGACAACAAUCACAAACUGAUGGAAGUUCAGGUCCUGAAAGUUCUGGGUAUAUGUCCAUGGCACCACUCAAUUCUCCUGGAAAUGUUCAUCCAACCUGGCCAUCCUACUCAUCUAGUCAGGUUUCUUCUCCACCGAACUCAGUAAGUCACUCACGGAUUCCCAGUCUAGUGGAUGAAAACACAGACAAUUACCUCCCUAUGAUGCCCCGGGGUCAUGGUGGAGAACUCACCUACGGGGAUGUCAGUGCCAGAGAUCGGUCAGAUGCUUACCUUGACAUGACACCUACACCUGCUGUUCCCACACCCAUUCCAUGCAGUCCCUCUGAAGAUGAUUCCUUCCCUGAGAUGUCCCCUGGCAGCAGCUGCUCAUUCACAUCUGGCACUCCUUCUUCCGACCACCGCUUUCCUGACUUCAUAGUAGAGAAAAGUGGUAGUGGCUCAUAUUAUGGUUGUUCUGAGGAUGAUGAUUCUUCAUUAGACAGACCAAUAAGGACCAAUUCUGUUGGUUCAAAACCAGAGCAGUACCGAAGCCGUAAAAAUAGACUGGAGGUGAGCCCAGCCGAACCUGCCCGUGUUCGAGCCUUCUCUGUGGGGUCACGAGUCAGCCUCAGGCUUGGGAGUGGCAGAGCUGGCCAGGUGACAAGUGGCACAAUAGGAGCCACAUCUGCUUCCAUCACCGAAUUUUCUCCUUCUAUUAAGGAGAAGGGAAAACAAGUUAAAAGCAAAUCAACAAGUGCCCCAAUAUUAGGGUCAUCACCAAUAUCCAACUCCUGGUCUGGGACACCUGGGACUUUCUUCAGGGGUUUUCUUCAAGCCCGAAGUCAAGAACGUAAUGAAGAUCUCAUGGAGUUUGACUUCACCAAGAACAAGAGCUGUGACAGUAUAUCUGCUGAAAAGGAGAAGAAGAGUAGUAGCUUUGAAAGCAUUAAGAGAACUCUAACUGGUCAGAGGCAUCGCUCCAACUCUAAAUCCUCAGGGAAUGGUAAAUCAUCCGUGUUUGAUUCCAUAAAACGAGACAAGAAAAAAUCAGAAAGCGAGUUGUCUAACAAGAGCAUUGACCUCUCAGAAAGGAAUCGUUUAUGUGAAGUUGAAAUUAAUCCAAGCCCCCUUAGGAAGACUUCAGAUUCCCUUGAUGGCUACCUUCCUAUGAAGCCUGCCAUCCCUUCUCAGUCUCUUUGUACCUCAGAGUAUGUUGACAUGAGUAGCAAAGAAUCUUUGAAUCGACACUUUCCAGAAAGAUAUUUAGAAAUGUCUGGAGGAAAUGAUAGAUUAACUUGGUCUUCAGGGACACAUGAGGAGUAUGUAGAUAUGAGUCAAGGAAAGGGAUUGGGACUACUUCCAAUCACUCCAAUUUCCCUGUGUUCCACAAAUUCAAACAGCUCAUCUUCCGCUGGUACUAGAGUCAGAAAGAUUUCGUCCACUCUAAAUCCCAACUUGUCUUCCCAACACAAUUCUCACAUGGACGAUUAUAUGUCUAUAGACCUGCUUAACAAUCUUGAAGCUUCUUCUCAUUCCUAUGAUGGAGAAAAGCAAAGAAAGAAAGAUAAGAAAAAUAUGAAAAGAAAGUCAUUCAAGGAUAGUUCAAGGAAAAAGAAGUCUGAGCCCAUUAGUGUAAUGGGCAAGAGUGGCGACAGUGAUGGAGUACAUGAAAUCACUAAGAAAGGCACAAGCCCAUUGUCAUCACUUUCCACUCUUUGGGGGCGGAAAAAUUCCUCGGGCACCACACCUCCAAAGACACCUCUUUCUCCUACUGGCAGCCCAUUGCCAAAAUCAACCCGAGGAACACCUAGUCCAUUUUCGAGUCUUACUCGAAAUAAAAAUCGGGAUGAUAGAGACAGUCAUAGAGAAAGUGGAAGUAAAGAAAAUGUAGGGGGAAUGACCUCCAGUGUUAGUUCAGGCAUUGGCACUAGUUGCAUCAAAGAAUCUAGCAGGGAGGCUGAGGAGAGUGCCAUAUCAGGUGAUGGCUCAGGCAUCACUACAUCCUUACAAACAGUUCCUAAUAUUAAUGAACCAAUGAGUAAGCAAAAGGAUGGCAGUAGUAGUGGUUCUAAAAGGUCUUCAGGUAUAUUUGAAACUCCUCAAGGUGAUGUGAAGGAGGAUAAUCAGGCAGCUGCCACCACAGAAUCACCUGGUCAGAAUAUGCCCAGUGUCAUACAACCAUCAUCAUCUAGUAGUAAUGAUCAUGGGGCAUAUGUAAAUUUGGCACCAGGUUCUUGUGAAAAGAAUUUGACAGUAGAAAGCAGACAACGAAAAUUAUCUGAUAUCUCAGCAUCAUCAGAUUAUAUGAAUAUAUCUCCAUUGGGCUCAAGCAAAUCCUCAGAGAGUGACAUGCAUCAAUCUCGUGAAUAUAUGAACAUGUGUCCUGGAGGGCAUCCUGAACCUGCUCAAGCUUCUACUUCUCUCAUGGCUUCUCAGCCUCCUCCUCCUCCUCCUCCUCCUAGUGCUAGUGAAGCAUCUCCCACAGGAAAGUGCAAUGACACAGAAAAAAAUGAUCAAGAGAUUGCCCCAAAGAGUGGAACAAGUGGUUUUAGGCAACAAAGUGGAAUGGAUAGUAACAGGUUAAGUGUAAGCUGUGCAUCAGAAUCAGACGGUAGCAAUGAAGAAAGUGGCUACUUGCUCAUGACUCCUGGACAGGCUUCACCAAAGCCACUUUCUCCUCAAGCAGUUACCCACAGGCCAGACAUUCCCCCAAGUCUUCUUGGUGACCAUCCAAAUUCAACUCUAACAGCCACCCUUGAACGACUUAAUUUAAACUCAGGAUCAAACAAUGGAACUGAACGUUGUAGGAGUCACAGUGGUCCCGGGGCCCCAGAAGGAAGUGCUGUCAGUAAUGAGGUGCGUGUCAAGAAGCAGCUGUCAGAGCCCAGGGCUGGUUCAAGUAAUGCAGGAACCAGUGAAAGGGCAGCCUCAGCUUGUUCCUCACCAGUGUCAUAUUCCCCACCUACAUCACCAACCCUGGGUGGUUCUGUUUCUUCAGUGUCCUCCUUAAGUGAAGGGGGUCUUUCUUCAGCAUCUUCCACGUGUACUGUGGUUAAUGUGGGUGUGACCCGAAGAGAAGGGGGAUCCAGUGGGGCAAACAAAGUUCAGGAAACAUCAGGAGAUUCAACAGUGCAUUCCACUGCUCCUGCUGCAUCCAGUCAGCAGUCUCUAAGUGCUGUUGGUAGUGGUAGUAAAGACAGUGGGCUUAAUUAUGUGUCAUUGGACCUUGGUCCUACUAAAAGUGUGGGUGUGAGGCCCUCUCCUCGAACUGCCCAUCGAGCUGCGAGUGGGACCCCUACUCAAAGCACGACCACUCAGGAGCCAGUAGCAGAAGAUGAAGAUGAACGUCUCAGUUAUGCUCAAAUAGAUUUCACGAAGAGUGAGGGUUUACGAACCACCUCUCUCUCCCGUGACCAUCGACACUAACACAUUCAUUCUCCUUCCUGUACAUUAGGUCAGAGUGAUUUUUUUUUUCUCUUUUCUCUCUUCUCUCUCUCUCUCUCUCUCUCUCUCUCUCUCUCUCUCUCUCUCUCUCUCUCUCUCUCUCUCUCUCUCUCUCUCUCUCUCUCUCUCUCUCUCUCUCUCUCUCUCUCUCUCUCUCUCUCUCUCUCUCUCUCUCUCUCCCUGGCACAUGAAGUUUGUAUAUUGUGGCUUAUAAGCUCAUUUUAAAUGUUAUUGAUCUGUGGAAUUGCCUUCAUUGUGCACACUGACUUAAAAGUUUCUGUAUAAUCUGUGAGGGUCAUUUUAAAUAUUAAAGUAAUAUUUGGUAGUGCUCACCUUUAAAUAUCUAAAUAUUUUAAAUUUUUACUGUUUCCUAAGAAUUGUUAUUUAUUUACUGCAGCUGCAGUAUACUUAGUCACUAAUUUGAUGUUUACUGUGGCUGGUACACAUUUAUUGUCCAUCAAAACUUACUUUAAGAAAAUUAUUUGGGUCCACAUUCCAGCAGUGAUAUGUGCCAUAGGCAUCUCAUGCUAAUGCCAUGCAGUAAGUCCACUGUUCUUUUUUGCUCUGCCAGAAUUUUUUAAACCUAAAAAGCAACUUAAAAGAUGCAUUUCUCACAGCAGCAACAGGUGAAAUACAUGUGACAUUCACAGAAAGUAUGUGUUCCUUAUAGUAAUGUACAAGAAUGCCGAUCUUAAUACCAGUUAAGUGUUCCUGUUUAGCUGUGUAUGGGAAUGAUGAUUAAUUUUCACAGCAUUAAGAGAAUAAACUAAUAUGUAACAGCAGAAUUGAAUUGCAUAGAAGUAACUAAGGAUAGCUUUUACUUUUUAUUUAUUUAAUUUCUUUUAUUUCAUCAUAACAGGCAGCUCUAUCCUAGUUAUGAAAAUAUGAAUAAUUAGAAUUUUAUUUAUUUAUUGAUAGGCUUUUAGAUAUUUCUAGAAUAAGCUGGAUACCUUCAUGGUUGGCAGUGUUAGGACAAAAGGUUUGAUAACAUCCUUCAGUACAGCUGAUUAUAACAUCUUUUUGUUUUGUGUAACAUCUUUUGUUGUAAUCAAACAAAAUCAUCCUGAAUUUUAAUCCUUACAUGGAAGUGUUUUUGAGUAACUGCAAAUAGUAUUAUAUAGGGAUAAAGUUAUUAAUCUGAAAUCAAUCAUAUUUGAGGCGUCUUCUAUUUACAACACUGAUCAGUUCUAGAUCAUUGAUCUGGAUCUGGGUCUGAUCAGAAUUCACUUGGGAUAAAAAGAACGCUUGUGGCCAUUACUGAUCAAAACAAUAGCAACACAAGCAUGUCGCUGCCCAGCUGCCACAAGCGGCAAACUGUUGAUGCUCACCAUUGUGCUCUAAGGAAGUGUCAACGAGGACCACAGCCUACUGUACAUUUCUUGAGGAAGUUUGGCUGAGAAGGCCACCAAUGAGUCCCAGCCACAUGCCUACCCAGGCAGCAUGAGAUUGGGUUCCAUGCCUGGCCAUUAACAUUGUAUAAUAGAGUUUCACACAAAGCUCUCUUCACACACAACAUACUGAAAGUACUCACCAUGGUGAAGUACAGAAUGGUAAAAUGAGAAAAUAUUCGAAUGUAAGGUGUGGCUACCCUGGCCUGCGUGCUGACACUAUUGACACCAUUACUGAGGCACUUGCAAAGUAGUGAUGUAUUAUUUUUGACUGAACAAGUAUUAUCUUUGUUUGCCUUAUCAUGUAGUCAUUGGUAGAGACAGUAAUGGCCAUGUAAUUAUAAUCAGAAGCCAUUAAACCAUGGCUUGGUGUGGCUUGUAAUAUCUCCCUUGUUUCUGGCAUCUGUCACCACCACUAUUCACAUUCUGUGCCCACAGCAGCAUUCUGCAACAAUUCAUUACCAUUCACUUUGUUUCUCAGACAUAUCAGCCAUUUUCUUGCUGUGUAUUCCCCUAAAUAAUUCUUAGUAGAGGCUGCUCAGUCACUAAUGUGGCUGCUGCCACCAGCUUCAACAAGUGUCGUCUGCUGUAACCCCACCUCUGGACCCAGAUCAUGAUCUGGAUCACUCAGAUCAAGGCAAGUCCAGAUCAAGAUGUAAAUAGAGCAUGGGCUCUGUGGCCAGAUCAGUGAUCUGAAAUGCAUCAUGGUAAAUAGAAGACGCCUUUGGUCGUGUGACAAAUUUUAGGGUUUUGCAAUAUUGACAGUUGAAUGGCCUUGCAGGUUGAUCUGGUUUUGUAAACAAGCAGCUGUAUUUAUUAUAGUUGACAAAUGUUGUUGUUCUUUGCCUGACAUGGAUAUGAAUUCAUCAAAUUUUGUCAUGAAUUCUUAUUGCAGUAUGAAAAGGAAAUUGUGGAACAGACCUUUAAGGAAAAAAGUAAAAAUUAAUGUAUAGAGACAAAAAAUGCAAAUACUGAUGUGUAACUAGAAACCUGGUUGAAUAGCCAUUCAGUAGCUGGUUUCAAAGAUAUUUCAGGACAGGAGAGCACAGUCUUUGUUGCAGCUUAUUAGGGGUUGAAAAUAAAAAUGGCAGUUUGCCACUGAAUCAACACAAUUAUGGGACUGAAAAUACAUUUUGUCUUGUAAUAUAUUUGUCAUCAAGGGAUUAUAUUUAAUAUCAACAGGUGAGGACAGAAUUCAACACAUUGUUCAUAGUGUGAGAUAUCUAUAUGUGUAAUGUAGUAGAUUAUGGAGAUUUCAAGCCCCAAAUACCAUCAAGACAUUUGCAAGACCUGUAGUUGUUGAAUUGCAUUGUAAUUUGCCUCACUUCAAACAUUGUCUCAGUGUUGUAUUUUUAAGGUUAAUUUGGAAUUAAGUUUAAAGCUUUAUAUUUUUUGGUAAACCUAAACAUUUUACAUCCAAGGAAUUGAGUUUUCAUAGGUCAGUAACCUGUUUAGAGAUUAUUUAGAAAGUACCUGGACAUGUCUACUUAAGUACAUUCAAGGACAUAUGUAUGAGUAUUCAGUCUUGGGAACCUGAUUUUCUUGCCUUGCUGCAAAAAAGAGACAUUGAAAAUAUUGAGAGAUGGCUGCAUAAUUUAUUGAUCUGUGAGAUGUAAGAGACCUUUUUAUUGCUCUCUCUCUGUGUAAAACAAAAAGGCUGCAGUGAGAACUAAAAUAACACUGAAUAAUACCAAAUGUUCUUCUGAAUAAAAGGUACACUGAAGUAUGAAAGAAUGGUUAUUAAUGUAAAGAUUUAUGCUUUUUAGUGACUCUAGACUUAAAAGUAUUUAUUAUUAAUACCUUUCAUAUGAAAUACAAAAUCUGCUUCAUCAAAAGAGUAAAACUGCAGAGCUCUCCUUCAAGGAAUAGUAGGUUAUUUUAGCACAGCAUUGAUGAUGAUAGUGCUUGGCCCCACAGUCUUUUCAGAAGUGAUGAGAAAUUAUCAUAAAAUUGUACUUUUAAAGAAACAUUUUAUCCAGAUCAAAAUUUGACUAUUUAAAGAUGUAUAAAUUAGGUGGCAUAUGUAAUCUAUUCUCCCUUUUUUUAUUUAACUGAAAUUUCUUUUGAGAUACAGUGAUUACUUUAUUGGUAGUGUGUUUAAGUGGAUCCUCAAUUGUUACACUUAAAAUUCAACAAUAUUGGACAUUUAAUGUAACUGGCAGCUAGUCUUCAUGCUCUGCUUCCUAGACAGUAAUUUUCUGAUACCUGGUGGCAUCAUUGUUAUGGCAUUCAAGUUUAGUUUUCAGUUUUUUUUUUUUUUUUUUUUUUUUUUUUUUUUUUCUCUCCCCCCUCCAUGAAUAUCAGUUCCUUGUCAGUAGAGUGACAUUAAUGGUGAGAAAAGUUUUAAUAUGUACAGUAUUUAUUUAUCAUUGUAUAGUAACAUUUAAGUAAACAUAAUCUACAGAAUGUUCCACUUAUCCUGAGACCAAUGAUACAUUAAUUAGUAGGAUAUUCUUCGAUAAUUUUCAGAUCAUGGUUUUACUAGUUUUAGAAUAACUUAAAAUAUUAAAGAAAUGCAGUUAGACUAUUCAGCAGUCACUAUACAUUCGGGUUCAGAUUGUCAAAAGUAACCAAGUAGAUCACCUUCACUUUUUAUGGUAGAAAAGUUAAGUGAAAUUGAACAAGAUAUUGUUAGAAUAUUAUUAAUGAAAAUAUAUUUCCAUUGGUUUCACUUCGGCAAGAAUGUGUUUUCUGAGA